AUGCCCUUCCUCCCAACCGCUGUCCCAGUGCAAGUCCCUUUCUCUCCAGGAAUUCCCCCUCCCCUGCAUUCGCUCACGAUCAGCACUACGGCUAAUGGAUUUGAUGCCCCCGCUAGAGGUUGGAACUCGUUCGGGCUUCAGGCUAAUCCAGCUUUGAGUCCACAGUUUGCUUUCAACCAAACAGGUAUCAUUCAGCAGUGUGAUCAUCUAGCAUCAACGCUUGGAGGUCUUGGCUUCAACUACUGCUCCCUCGAUAGUGGAUGGUCUCUCCCGUAUUACGGAGAUGAACACGGACGUAUUGUUCCCGACACGAAGCUGUUUAACAUGACAGAGCUUGCGGAUCACUUGCAUGCUCAAGGUCUAUAUCUGGGUAUCUACGUUGUGCCAGGCGGCUUUCGAGCCGAUCGACGUAAGACUAUUCUCGACACGCAAGUCCGGAUUGGAGAUGUAUGUUCCGGUGACAACGGACUGGCUCGGUGUAAUUGGAAUCACACGAUGGAUAGCGUUCAGCAAUGGCAUAACUCAGUCGUCAACCAAUUCGCUGAAUGGGGCGUAGAUUUCAUCAAACUGGACUUUAUCACACCAGGAUCGCCCGAUAACGGUGUACACCUUCCGCUCAACACCAGCGACGAUGUCAUUGCAUACCACAAAGCCAUCAAGAAUGCCUCACGACCAAUGCGUCUAGACAUCAGCUGGAAAUUAGCCCGGGAUGAAAAGCACUUUCAUAUCUGGUCCAAGAACGCUGAUUCUUUCCGUACAGACCAAGACAUCAAUGAGCGCGGCUCAAAUUUGACUUUGGCUGCCUGGGCUACGGUUCAAAGAGCUAUUGAUAAUUACAGACAAUACAUUGUGAUGCACACAGGAAAGGAUCAGACGCUAAACCUGUUCCCGGAUAUGGAUAACCUGUAUAUAGGGAAUUCGCUUGGAGAGGAUUACGAUGGUCUGAGUAAAGCUCAGCGGUUCACGAUCAUGAAUCACUGGAUGGGUGCUGCAUCUAAUCUUAUGCUUGGAAAUGACUUGACAAAACUAGACGCGAUAGGUCUUCAGAUCUUAACGAACUCAUUUGCUCUCUCUGUCGCCGAUUUUUCGUCCAACUAUCCCAUGCGUCCUCGGAAUCCUGGAACUGGCUUCGCCUAUGCAAAGCAACUGCAGGCAUGGAUAGGUGGUCCUGAUACUACAGGACAAGUCAUGGUCUUACUUGCGAAUUACGGGCCGGACCAAGGUCAAGGUGGCUUCGAUACCAGCCUGGUUGGUGUACAGAGCGUGUCAGUGUCAUGGAGUGACCUGGGUAUCAGAAACGGUGCAUAUCGCGUUCAGGAUGUCUGGAGAGAAGAGAAUGGGAGGGUAGAGUCACAGGGUUUAAAUGCAAGACUGGCAGAAGGAGAGAGCUGGCUGGUUGUGAUGACACCGGUGAGUCCAUCAAGUAGGUGGAGCCGUGGAGAAUUAGACAGCAUUUGA